UGACAGGCCAACUUCUUUGCGCGUGCUCGCACUGUGACGUCACGGAUUUUAAAAUGGCGGUUCCAACGUCUGCUUUGAAAUUACAUUCAUAAUUUAUUGCUCACAGUUCAAAAAUAACACAACGGACAUCAUGUUUUGAGAGAAAUGUUGUUCACAGAUAAAACACUCAUAUUUUGAUACAUAAUGGAUUCCGUGGUCGGCGAGGAUCAAACGCUGCCGUUUGACAUCAAUCUGAGUAUUUCCAGGCUGCCAGAGUCUCUGAACAGCGGCAACUUCAGCAUGGACGACAUGACAGCAUCUCUGUUUCCAGGGCAGAGGAUGUCUCCAGCCAAAGCUCUGACUAUGAAAGAUUACGAGAAUCAAAUCACAGCUCUGAAGAAGGAAAACUUCAACCUGAAGCUCAGGAUCUAUUUUCUGGAAGAACGUGUGCAGCAGAAAUGUGACGACUCCACGGAGGACAUUUACAAAACGAACAUUGAGCUGAAGGUGGAGGUGGAGUCAAUGAAACGAGAUCUGGCUGAGAAACAAGAACUGCUUGUGUCCGCAUCAAAAGCAUUAGAGAGUUUGGCCAGUCGAGGUGUUGAUGAUGGCAGAGAGAAGAUGCAGAGAAAAAUGGACUCCCUCAGAGAAGCUUUCAGUGCUCGGAUUCAAGAACUCGAGGAGUCUCUGCAAGCUGCCCAAGAAGAACUGGAGAGCAUGGCCACCAUAGCUGAACAGGAGAAGCUGAAGAAUCUUGGAUUGGAGAAAGAGCUGCAAGCCGCCAACCAAUCAGGACCCUCAGCUGAUUCAGGCUCCACCCCUGAACGGGUCAGAGAGCUCCAGCAGGCCCUUCAGGAAAAGGAGAGUGUUAUUGAGCAGCUGCGGGUGUCACUCAACAAUCAAGAAUCCGUGAUUGGAGAGCUUCGGAGGAAUGACCCGAACCAACCAAUGGCAGAGCAGAUGGCACAGCUGAACUCCCUUAUUGGCCAAAAAGACAGUCAGUUACAGGCUCUUAGGGAAGAACUAGACCGUGGGAGAGGAAAUGCAGAAAGAGACAAAGAGGUGUUUGUUGAAAGACAGAAUGAAUGGAGCAGAUUGGAGCAGAAAACCAGACAGCUGACUGAAGAACUGAACGCAGCCAAGAGCAGCAACCAGACGCUCAAACACACACUAGAAGAAACAGAGAGAGAAAUGAAGGCUCUUUCUGAUGAGCUGGAAGAGAGAGAGAACAAACUGGCUGCGGAGAAGAAGAACUCUCUGAAACGAGACAAAACCAUCCAGGGUCUCAGUCUGGUUCUCAAAGAGAAGGAGAAAGAGAUUGAGGAUCUGUCUGGUGAUCUUGAAGAGAAGGAUCAGGCUCUGGCUAAGGCUCGAGAGGCCCUUCAUAAAGCCAAACUACAGAAAUAUCAGGGCGCUGAAGACCAGCAGUCUCUGUUCCUGGAGCAGCAGGCUGAAUUGUCACGGCUCCAGGCAGAGGCUCGCUCUUCUCUGCUGGAAGCCCAGAGGCUGCAGCGUGUGCUCGGCAGCAGAGAUUCAGAACUGUGCCUUCUUCAGCAGGCCAAACUAGAACUGGAACAAGAGCUGGAGCAGCUACAGCAACAGAAGAAGAAGGGAGACAAGACCAUUAACGAUCUUCAGAACCAGUUGAAGAAACUAAACGGUGCUCUGGCUGACAGAGAGAACGCUCUAGAACAGCAGCGUCUAGAACAGCAAGAACAAAACCGUGCUGCUGAACAGAAACUACAGAGCGCCAUAGAACGACACACAGCCAUCCUGAAUCAUAAAGACCAGCAGCUGCAGGACUAUAUGAACAUGGUUAAAGAUCUGGAGAAGAACAAAACCCAAGAGGAAGGUGAUCCCAUGAUGGCUAAACUUAGAGCAAGACUGAAGGAGAAGGAGAAAGCACUUGAGAAAGCCUUGGAUGAGAAGUUUGCAGCAAUGGAGGAGAAAGAAAAUGAGAUCCAUUUGCUGCAGCUGAGCUUGAGAGAGAAAGAAAGAGAUGUGGAGCAUCUCAACAACCUGCUCUCACACAACGAGGAGACUAUUAAUAGUUUUGAUGCUCUCAUAAAGGAAAGAGAUCUCGAGCUGCAGCAGCUAUUGAACUCGCUGAAGAAUCUUCAGAGAUGUAAAGAAGAGACUGAGCAGAACCUUCAGAGGGCUCUGAGAGAGAAAGACGCCAUUAUACAGCACUUAAAGCAAGCACUGGACAACAAAACGAGAGACAUGGAGGAGAUGGCCAAUAGGGUUCUGAACCAAUCAGAGUCUCAGGGUCGUGACCUCGCAGAGCAGAUGAGUCAGAGGUUAAAGGUCACAGAGGCGAUGCUGUCAGAGGCGGUGAAGGACAGAGAGAGGCUAGUGACCGAGAACCAAACCGCUGUAGAAAACCUGCUGGCCAACAUCAGCAGCAAAGACCAGCUUCUGAAGGAGAGUGCGGAGCAUCACUUACAGGCUCUGAAUGAUCGUACAGCAGAAUUGCAGGAUCUUCGUAAGCAGUUGGCAGAUACACAGCUGCAGCUCAGAAACGCACAGAGACUGAAUGCCACGCAGGAUGGUCACCUAGAGACUGCUGAACUCCGUGCAGUGUUGGCGGAGAAGGACGCCCUCAUCAAUAAGCUGCUAGACCGUGGACAAGAGAAAGAUCGCAUCCUGUUGGAAAUGAAGACGAGUGAAGCUCUUCCUCCUCAGGUGCUGGAGCUCAGACAGACUAUUGAGGUGCUGCAAGAGAAACUUGAGAGAGAAGCUGAGCUGAGCAGGCGAAACAGUGAGGAAACUCUAGAUAUAACUACAGUCAGUAAGAAAUCAGUGGUGGUUUUGAAGAAAGAGCUCACACAGAAAACAGAAGCGCUGAACGCCGCUCUGAAGAGAGAGAACCAGCUUAAGAUUUCUCUAGCAGAGCUUCAAUCCACGGUCUCCGAACUGGAGACACGAUUAGAAGGACAGACAGCCAAUAUUGAGUCCCUUACAUCAACUCUCAACACUAAAGAAGAAAUCAUUACUGAGCUGCACCAGCGUUUGUCUCAGAGAGGGGACAGUCGACUUCCUCUGACCCGGGAUCAAGCUUCCCAGCUGGGUGAGAGUGAAUGCAGCAUCUCCUCUCUCCCUCAGAGAGAAAGAACCAUCAUUGGAGGAGAUCGCCAACAACAGGAUGUUGCAUCUUUAUCUGAUCUGCUGACUGAGCAGAUGGAGUUAAACCGAGCUCUGAGAGCUGAGCAGCAUCUCUACUCUGACCUCAUCAGAGCUGUCAAAGAGCGUGACGGUGUUGAGAGGCUGCAGGCGCUGCAGCUAGAGCUCACAGGGGUGUCAGUCCUCAGACAGCAGCUGGAAAGUGGAGUCAAGAUGAACACAGAGCUGAGAGACCAGCUACAGAAAGAGAUCCAGAGAGCCAAACAAAGAGAAGGGUCGAACCCUUUAGAGUUAGAGAGUAUGCGUGAUGCACUGGAGGAAGCUCAACGCUGGAAUGCUUCUCUGCAAGCCAGACUGGGACAGAUCCAGAACCGAGGAGGAGGGGUUGGACAGGCCAACGAUUCUGUGGACACGCUGAGUUUGAUUGGCGAUCAGACGUCCUAUAUGAGUAUAUGUGUUGGCGACGGGCCAGAGGAGGAGCUACAACACUUGACCGUUGAACAGCUCAGAAUAAAGGUUUUAGAGCUUCAGGCAGUCAAUGCCGAAUUGCAGAAGAAGCUGCUUCUGAUGGAGCAAGACAUUGUGGGUAAAGAUCCUACAGACUCUCAGAAAGAACCAGACCUAAUCAACCUCUCAACUCCAAUCAAGCAAACACCGAUACAGCAGAAACCGACUUCUGAAGAUGAAGUGACACUAAUGCCUCCAAACACAAAGGAGAGAUGUGAUGAAGGAGAUCGUUCUCCAGAGGAUGUUGGUGAGAGUAAUCAACCAUCACAGACUCAAAGAGAGCAAAGUGGAGUGCAGCCCACAUCCAGAUUCAUUAGGGAUGAAUCGGAAAAAGCAGAACUCAGAUUGCUUCUCUCAGAUUGUGGAGCGGAGUCAGUAUCUCAACUCCGGGAGCAAGUGGCCAAACUCCGCUUGGAAGCAUCAGAACUCCGUGGAUUUUUGAAGAAGGAAAACGUCACUGAGUCCAAAGAAAGUGCAGAGAGUUCUGGAGAAAGUGACAGCCAUAGAGACUUGCACCAAACCGUGAAGGUGCUCCGCUCAGAAGCCAGAAGUCACCGAAAGAUAAUUCGACUGCUAAAAGAGCAGCUGCAGCAGAACUCGGUUUCAAAAGAUAGAAUUCAGAUUGACCCAAAGAUAAUGGACGGCGUGGACAACAACAUGGAACAACUGCAGACACAUCAUGAAGAUUCGCAGAGACACACCAACACACUGGAGAAAGAGAACAGACAAAAAGAAAAGAAAGAAAUGGAGGAGAGAUAUGAGAGAAGAAGGCAGGGUCAAAGCACCAAACCCACCAAGAAUCAGAAGCAGCACAUGGCCAGACAUGCAGCAUAUGUAAAAUCUCGGCUACCAGUACCUGUUUGUCCCAGUAGGAGUUCUGGGCAGAGUUCAGAAGAUCUGAGUGAGCUGAAUUCAGGCCACGUUCACCCCAGAAACAAAGACUACCUGAAUGGGGCGGAAGAGUCUGAUUAUAGCACGGACAGCAAGAUGUCUUCGAGAUCAGCUGAGCACAAACACCUCAAUUUAGACCAUGUUAAAGAUGCAAGGCUGAGUCCAACUGCUGGAACAAAACAAGACACUAACAUGAACCUGAAUCUUGAAUCCGAGCUCAUGGCACAAUUAGAGUUGCUGAAUCAAGAAUGCCAAGAGAAAGAGGAUCUAAUCUCCCACCUAAGACAACGAGUCCAGGAAUGGGACGAGCUACAGGCAGAGAUACAGGAGAAGGACAAGCUCAACCGAGAAUACCUGGAAGCCCUACACGCGGCAGAGUCUACUAUUGCGUACCUCACCGCAUGCAGCUUGGACUCGGAGUGUGGAAUCGGUCAGACAGGAGAUGUAACAUUGCUGCAACGUUGUGCAGAUCUUCAGAAGGCUGUUGAGGAGAAAGACAGACUCAACGCUCAACUCUUGGACUGCUUGAACUCUGCUGAAUCCGCCAUUGCAUUGCUCCAAAAUGUUGACACUACAAGCAGCCAAAUGGACCUUGGGCAAAAAGUCCCAAAGGCACUUUGCGAGAGGCUUGAGGACUUGAUUGGACAGAUCAGAAUUUCUCAGCAAAGCGAUGACAGGUCAAAAGACACUCACAGCACAGAGGUUGGUCCAGCGCUAGGACCUGAUUCUGACCUACGGCGACAGGUAGAAUCACUGCAGGAGUCACUGUUGCAGCAGUGCAGGAUGAAUGCAGAACUACAGGAGAAGCUGUGGACUUCAGAAGCAGCUGUUAAAAAGUUGAGUGCAGCUGUCAGCGCUAAGCGCAACAGCGCGCCCACAGGUCUGGAGGGGAAUUACACUCCUGGACCAGAAGGAAAGGACCUGUCAUUGCAACAGCUGACAGAGUGUCUAUCUGAGUGCAUUAGAGCUGCUGAAGGCGCAGUCAAGUCUUUCGCAGACGUUUGCUCCAAACCAAACCAGUCUCAUGAGGAGAUCUUGUCCAGUCCAGAGUUAAAGCAAUGGCUUGAGAGGCUGCAGCGCGCUCUGCUAGAGAGAGAGUCUCUGGAGGACCCAGCCUGCACUGAGAGACACCAACAAAAGACAAGCACACCCAUUCACAACCCUGAGAUUCCUAAACCAGAACCACAACAGAAUGUUCGGGAGCCUGCGUCCUCACACCAGAAUCUUCAUAAGAACCUCUUGAUGCUUCUUCAGAUUCAUACUGAGUGUGCUCAGAAAAUUAACGAACUUGAGAAAGCUGUUAGUGGGCGUGCCCAAAGUGGAGGAGGUGGAGAUGCGCCUGGAAAUGAAAGUCUGGAGAGGAACGCCCAGAUCGAAAGUUUGCAGAAGGCUCUGAAGGAGAAGCAGAGGGCAUGUCGGAAAAUGGAGGAGAAACUGGCGAUUGCUCAGUCGGUCAUUGCAGUGUGUGGCUCAAAUAAGGAGAAACAGUCUGAUCAGCGUAAAGCGCCCCCUUGUGAACGGGAUGAUAAAGGGGUGCAGGUGGAGGCGCAGGACCUCGGGUAUGAAACGAGUGGAAGGAGUGAGACGGAGGUGGAGGGCAGUAGCACAGAUGUGGACGGUGUUUUGCGGUUGGUUCCCGCUCUGUCUCCUGUCCUUGCGGGCACGCAGGACCGAUUUUCACCUGACACCACCGCAUCCAGCCCCUCGUACCCAAGCUCUCCUGGCCUGAGCUCCCCUCGACUCUCUGACCGUCACGCCGACCCCAACCUGUACAUCCAGCAGCUCAGGUCACAGAUCGAAGGACAGCACAAAGUCAUCCAGCACCUCCAGAGACAGCUGCGUAAGAAGUCUUUGUCGUCUGAGCUCCUGAGUGUGACUUCUGACCCCACAGCAGGUGAAGAAGAGGAGGAAACAAAGAUGAUGAAGUCUCAAAUCGCCCAGCUGAGCGCUGAGCUAGAAAGAGAGAGAACCCUGAACAGAAGCAGCCAAGCAGGCUCUCCAUCAAGAAUCGAGUCUCUGGUCCAGUCUCAGGCCCGGGAGUUGUGUGAACUGCGGGAACAGAUCCGUCUGACUCGUGGCUUGGGUGUGGAACAGCGUAAACAGUUUCUGGAGCUCAGAAGAGCUCUAGAGGAGUUACUUCAGCCCAAUAAUAUGCACUCCGCUCAGGGAACCCAGCUCAGAGAGCAGCUGGAUCACAGCCUGAGCCUGCUGGAGAGACUGGAGCAGGUUUCUACAGGAGGGUCUUGUAUGGAUAAUGAGGAGGAAGCAGAGUCAGAGAUGAAGCUCAGUGAUUGUGAGUGGGUGUGGGAGGAGCUGCAGUACCUGCGCUCUCAGAUAGAGGGCGACAGAGAACAGCAGCAGCUACAGAUGGUUUAUUUGUGCAGGCAGAACCAGAAUCUUGCCAUUAGUACACAGCAUUACAUUGGCAUACUCUCUGCAGGGCUACAGGAAAAAGACCGUCUCAUUCAAUCUCUGCAACAUCAACUGCGAAUGCAAGUUCCCAGAAUGCACCAGUGCUCAGACUCUGAGAUGAGUGACAGGCAGUCCAGUGAAGGCACAACAUCUUUCCACGACAGCCCUCCUGCUGGCUGCAGGCAGACCCCCAACAGACCUCACACAGGGCUGAAGGUAACCAAUGGUGAUGCGUUUUCAGAUAUGAGGCUGGGAUCUGGGGGCGUGGCUGAUGAAGGGGGCGUGGCUGAUGGUGAAGAGGGGAGUGUCGAAAUGCUACAGCAGGAGAAUAGUCAUCUGCAGGAGCAGCUGAGAAGCAGCGAGGAACUGAACGCUACACUUCGUAGUGAACUGGACCUCACUCGAUCUAUCCUGAAGCACAACCCACAGAAAACGACCGAAGACAAACAGUCAGAGCAGCAGAACACGUCAACGAGCAAGACCAUCAACUCAAACCUGUUAGCAGAACACCUUCAGGAGAUCCGAGCGUUGCGUCAGCGUCUUGAAGAGACGAUCAGAACCAAUGAGAGACUCCGAGAACAGUUAGAAAGAAAGUUACAGGAAGCUGAAAAAGACUCAGCAGCCACUAACAUCUUCAUCGCUGGUUCUGAGGAUCGGGCUCACAUCAGCAGUGAACUCCACUUCCUCCUCACCCAAAACCACACACUCAAAGAGCAGCUCAACCAGGGAGCACGAGAUAAACAGAAGGAGAACGACCACCUGAGGGAGACUUUGGCCAGACGAACUGCUAAACUAGAGCUGAGUAGAAAAGAGUGUCAAACACUGAAACAGGAGAGAACACAACUACAGGACAACCUGUAUAGAUUGCAGUGUGAGAACAGUCAUCAGAGGCAGCAGCUGUGUGACACCCAGCAGCUCUUGCAGUCCGCGCGUGUGGAGCUGCAGGUGCAUGAGCACAUGAAGAACUCCACACACACUCACACAGGUGAGGGCCGUGGCUCUGGAUCUGAGAGCGGUUCAGCAGUGGAUCUGAGCGAGCUGUUGGCUGAGAUCAGACAGCUGCGUGUUCAGCUGGAGAGAAGCAUCCAGAUCAACACCACACUGAGACAGAGACUGGAACAACAGCUGCUGACCCGCACUGACCCCAGAUCAACCAUCAACAUCAACUACCUGCUGCCCAAAACAGAUGAAGCUGGUAAAUCAGAUGUUCUUCACUCGCACACAGACGUGUCCAGUGCUGCACAUGACAGCAGUAGUUCAGUGGACUCUGGUUCACACGUUCCGUCCCGGCUGGUCCCGGGUCACCGGCUGUGGGCGGACAGACGCGGGCGUCACGUUCUGGGUCUGAUAGAGGACUAUAAUGCCCUGCGCAAACAGAUCGGUGAAGCCAAGAGAGUCACUGCAGAUCUGGACACACAGAUACACGACUGCGGCCGGGCUGUGGAUCAGCUGAAGAGCGUCUCUGGCGGUGUGAACACCAUACAGCAGGCUCUGGAGGAGGCCGCUCGACUUCUCAAACUGCUCUGGAGAGUCUCCGUACCCUCAGGAGACGCCACACACACUCAGCAGGAGGAUCUGCUGAAGAGCGAGAUCAGUCGUCUGAAGACUCGUCUGUCUCAGCAGGAGCGGAUGCUGAGCGGAGCGGUCAAACGCCUCAGAUCCACCAACCAUCUCAAAGAAGGCAUGGAGCGCAUCAUCAUCGACCAGCUGUCUCUGACUCAUGGCGUGCUGAAGAGAGCAAGAGGAAACCUGGAGUCUAACUAUCUGAAUGUUUUUGGGCUGAAGGGUCUGCAGGUGGAAGGACGUCCCACUGAAUGGCCAGUGACCAAUCAGCAGUCGGGCGGCCUGUCCUCAGCAGCGUCAGGAAGAGGUUCAGCCUGCAGUGAAAACUCCUCCCACUGCAGCUGUUAAAACAGUUGAAUCUUAACAUUAUGGUUUUCUCACCCUUUUAAUUUGAGUUCUUAAUUUAUUACUGUUUUUUUGAGGUACGCUAAUGCCGUUCAGAAGUAUUUGCACAUAUACAGUACGCAUUUAACCGUUUAAAAGGGAAUGUUUUUUAAUAUCUGAAGAGAUUUUCUCCUGUAAAUACUUGGAGCUUUAGUUUUAUACUGGUUUUAGACAGUCUCAUGUUCACUGCCGGUCUCCUGUGAUGCUGUAUUAUCCUGCUUAAGAUCUAACAUUUUGAUGUAAAGGAGUGGUACAUGUUCAUUAAAUGAGCUCAUGGCUUAAUGUA